GCUCAAACUUUGCUGAAAUCUCACAUUUUCUGUAGGUCUCAUGUUGGAUUUGACGACAUUUUAUUUUAUGGAUGCUCUCUUGUCGAACAUCCGCUUCAAUGAUGAAAUGAGGCCAGUCCAACUCUCACGCAGACCUCCAUCGACAAUGAUAUCAAGCCGCGGAGUUAAGUAUAUCUUUCAAAUUCAGAACACAGAGCUUCUACGUGGAAACGAAGAAAUAUCUCACCGUCAUACCCGCGAUCAGUGAUAAUAAUACAAAAGUGUGCCGAAAUGAUGCUCAAGGACAUUCUAACCACCUUUUUCUUCUACAGCAUGAAAAUCCUUACACUCAUUCUUUUAUUGGCUCGAAUUCUCUUCACCCAUGCACUCUAUGCCCCGUUACGCGAAUACGCGGGGCAGAGCUUUUUUUCUGGGUGGAACUUUCCAGGCAAUUACGACAAUACCACUUGGGGGAACGUCACAUUUGUUGACCAGACUACUGCGUCCAUGAAUAAAUUGGCAUACGUCAACGAUGCUGGUAACGCUAUCUUACGAGUAGAUAACACUACCGAUAUCACUGGUACUGGACUCAUUUAUCGCGACUCGGUCAAGUUGACUUCUCAGGAUCUCUAUCCUUUGGGAAGCCUCAUUACAAUAGACCUUAUUCACAUGCCAUAUGGAUGUUCGGUUUGGCCAUCGUUCUGGACUUUCGGAGGCACCGACUUGGAGUGGCCUAUGUACGGGGAGAUCGACAUCAUCGAAGGUAUUAACCUUAAUGCCAACAAUCAAAUGGCGCUACACCACAACGAUUCGUCCUGUGUGCAAUCUCCGAACCCUGGACAGAGCGGAAAGACAGUUAACGCAGACUGUACCAACGGUGAUCCUGUAGGGGCCACUGGAUGCGCCGUCACUGAGACUAAGCCGAAUAGUUUUGGGGAAAGUUUUUCCCAGAACGGUGGAGGAGUCUUCGCGCUGCAAUUCGACGUGUCUGGAGCGUUCAUCUGGUUCUGGUCGAGACAAAACAUACCGAAGUCGAUUACAUCCGCUACAUCGACAUCGAACAUGGAUACGACAGAUUGGGGCACGCCUUCAGCAUCUUAUCCGUCUAGUGGAUGCGAUCUUCAGAAACUGUUCAAGCCACAAAAGUUGAUUCUCGAUAUCACGCUUUGUGGGACUUGGGCUGGCAUACCUAGCAUAUUCAAUACCCAGUGCUCCGGACAAUGUGUGCAAGAUUAUAUCAUGGGACCAGGCAGCCCAAAAUACGACAACGCGUGGUUCAAGAUAUCCUAUAUUAGAACGUAUUCUGCUGCUGCCGGCAACGCCACCAGCAGUGGAGUAGUAUCGACCGCUACUGGAACGACAACUCAUGUAGUGACGAGUACUUCUGGUAGAGCAACAGCAUCUGCAUCUGCUACUGCCACCUCUUCCCCGUCUUCAGCUGGACGUCCUCAUUCCACUAUUUCUUGGGUUUUAGUUGUGUCUUUGCUGUGUCUUGUCUCGCUGGGCUUGUAGCGGUAGAGUGCUUUCAGCCCUUGAUUGACCUUAAUAUGAUUAUACCCCUUGCUUACAUAUGCAGACAUGAUGGAAAACAGGUACUUGUAUCGCUUUUUGUCCAUGUUUUGGUGAGAGUAUUUAUAGAACACGCCUUUGUGUAUCGUGCUGUUCUACGUUCAAAUGCUUCCGUCCACUUUCAUUGUCAAUGAUGUGCCUCGUACUUUAUGGUUUACUUUUAGCUACCGUAGAAGUUGGUCGUGUCCUGUCGUGGGGUCCGGUUGCUUUCGUGUCCGAGGUCUUGUCAGUCAGCAAAGUUCCUGGGAGAUCGAAGUGUCUCUAAUUAGUAUGUACUGUGCUGAGCUUGGAGG